AUGUUUGUGCCUAAUAAACGCAUAGACGAGAAGGGAAAAGAUACUCAAGUGAAUGAAGUUGUGGGUAUUAUGAGAGUAAACGUCGAGAAAGUUCUAGAGAGGGACCAGAAACUUUCAGAGCUCGAUAGUCGAGCUGAUGCCCUUCAAGAAGGCGGCAAAAGGUUCGAGCAGCAAGCACAAAAGUUGAAACGAAAGUAUUGGUGGAAAAAUAUAAAGAUGAUGAUUAUUAUGGGGGUUAUAGGCCUCAUUAUUUUAAUUAUCAUUAUAAUUUCCAUUGCUAAUGCAGUUAAGGGCGACGACACCACAUCCUCAAGCGUAACGUCGGCUCCUCCAAAAUGA